AUGGAGCGUGUUAAUCACUCUCAAAAUAUGACAGGAGCUAAGAUGGAAUUGCCAGUAGUGGAAAAGUUCUGUUUCAUCAUUAACCUGAGGGCAGGAUGCAUUACAAUGGGCAUUAUAAAUUGCAUGGUGACAUUGUUCCUAGCGGUGUUACUGAUCACUCACGUGGUAGAAAUGAAAGAGUUAGAACAACUACGUCGUGAUGAUUCUGACGCUGCUAUGUCCUCGGUUGUCUUCACCAUUAUCAUACUCCUCGCCGUACUGCUGAUUAUUAAGUUCCUUGUCGAUAUCGUAUUUAUUUACGCUGCUUAUAAGGAGAAAUGCGGGAUGAUGAAGAAGUAUUGCAUUUUCUGGAUUGUCUUCCUCGUUCUCUUCAUCAUCGCCUUCCUGAAGACCUUGUUCCAGUUGUCCGCUGGCUAUGUGAUAGCUCAGAUACUCUUCCUUGCCGAAAACCUGUACUGCCUCAUAGUAUUUCGGAGCUACCUUUUAUCAAUUAAUGAAGAUGGUGUUCUUUAAAAAAAAACAAUAUCACUCGUUUCAUUUCACAGGAUGCGAACGAAAGAUAGAGAACAUACGUUAUUCUGCCAACACAAAAUGUACCAAAGUCGUGUUAGCUAUGUAAGUAGUUCACAAAUGUUUAUGUAUAGAAUAGCUGUCAAAGAAUAGCUGUCAAAUAUUAGCUGUCAAAGAAUAGCUGUCAAAGUAUAGCUGUCAAAG